AUGCUCUUCCAGGUUUUGUCUUCCCACUUUGGCGUGUGCUGGUUUGAAGUGUGCAAGGAGGAUAAUGUCGACUACGCUGGAUACGACGUUCAGAAGAUUGAAAGUGGAGAUGUGGCUUCAGCCAAGGCGUGCCAGGCUCGAUGUGAGCAGCUCCCGGAGUGCGCGUUCUGGACCUGGGUCAGCUACACGCAAAACUGCUACCUCAAGAACUACUUCGCCCUUAUUGGUCGUGAUGUCGGGCCGGCCGCUGCUGGAAUGAUAUCAGGACCGAAACGAUGCGCUGCAGUGCCUCAAGCUUGUCACGAGUACAACGUAGACUAUUUGGGCCACGACGUGAAGAAGCUCGAAUCCGGACAGGUUUUCUCAGCAGACUCCUGCCGCGCUCUGUGCCAAGCUGAUCCGAGCUGCCACUACUGGACUUGGGUGCGGAAAACCAACAACUGCUACCUAAAAGACCAAUAUGCACCCCUCGGGCGUGUCCAAGACUCCACCACCGUGGGGAUGGUAUCAGGGUCGAGACGAUGCGGCGAACAGUUCUCUGGUUCCUGCUACGAGAUUGGUGUCGAUUACUACGGUUACGACAUCGAAAAGCUGGAAACAGGGGAAGUGACAACCCCGUCAGCUUGUCAAGCUUUGUGCAAGGACCGCACAGGUUGCUACUACUGGACAUGGGUGCAGACCACGCAGAGUUGCUACCUGAAGAACCCAUAUGCACUUCAAGGUUGGCUACGAGAUAGCACCACGAUGGACAAAAUAUCUGGAGCGAAAGACUGUGUUCCCGUCCCUGCAACGUGCCACGAGCUGGACGUGGACUACCGUGGGUUCGACGUUCAGAAAAUAGAGACGAAUUCUGUUGCUUCCUACGUCGAGUGCCAGCAACUCUGCGAAGCGAAUAUGCAGUGCUUCUACUGGACAUGGGUCAGCCAGAAGAAGAACUGCUACCUCAAGAACCAAGGAGCCUUGCUUGGUCGAACGCAUGAUACAGCGACUGCAGGUCUGAUUUCAGGACCCAAAACAUGCACACCUCGUGGAUCCCUGGAGAUUAACGUGGAUUUUGUCGGCAACAACAUCAAGGUGGUUGACGAUGGCUCUGUUAAAUCGUACCCAGAUUGCCAGUACCUCUGCCAGCAGUACUCCGACUGCCACUACUGGACGUACUAUCAGGAUAAGAUGUUGUGCUUCCUGAAGAACGCACUGGCGCCAACUUCUAGAGUCCCCAGACAGUCAACAGUAUCCGGCCCAAAGUUCUAUGAGGGGCCAAGUAUGCCUCCACCUUCGCUUCCUGAGGAGCCGAUGGAGUCCUGUUUUAAGACAAACGUUGAAUUUACUGGAGUAGAAAUUCAGUCGCUUGUCACCAACGCCGCAUCCCAGUGUCAAUCGGCAUGCCAAGCCAAUAUUUUGUGCUCGUUCUUCACUUUUUACCGCCACGAACGCCGCUGUGUUCUCAAGUCCUCCGAAACAGGCAAGCCGUUGAGAGAACUGCCUGUCGGUUUUGCAAUAUCGGGGAUGAAAUUCUGCAGCUCCAACGACACCCAUGACUCUGUUCCUCAGUGCGCUGUGUACAACACAGAGUACCUCGGGCAAGAAAGUGGUUCUCAGGCGACGACGAGUUCGGCACUCCAUUGCCAGGCGCUGUGCCAAAACAGCUUGGCGUGCAAUUUCUUCACCUACCAUUCACAGGAUGGGCGGUGUGUGCUCAAGCAAUUUCCGUCUUCUUCCACAGAGCUGCAGGCCGUGCCACGUGGCUUCGCGAUUUCGGCUACGAAAUACUGUGACGCGCCUGAGACUGACGCCCCUUCCUGCGCCGAACGGGAUAUGGAGUACCUUGGCAGCAUUAUCAGUAACGUCAUAGCCGCAUCGGCCACGAACUGCCAGGGGCUCUGCAAGGAAAAUUCAGAGUGCGAUUUCUUCACAUUCGAGGGCUUGUCAAGCGCGUGCAUUCUGAAGAAGGCGUAUGCAGGAGGGGAAGACAAAUUAUACAAACUGCCCAAGCCUUUCGCAAUGUCAGCCACAAAGGAAUGCACGUCGCCAGGAACAGAUCCCGAAUGCGCGGAGAAUAACACUUUGUACCUGGGCAUCGACACCGCACCAAUCAUCACCGUGGAAACAUCUUCGGAAUGCCAAAAACUCUGCCAACAGUUCGCCGACUGUGAGUACUUCGCGUUUAACACAAUGGAGAAGCGAUGCCGUCUGAGAAGGCCCGAUGCUGCAUGCUCGACGGUACAGAAACUCCCAUUCCCUGGCAUUGUGUCUGGACCGAAGUACUGCACAACUCCUAGCGAGCCAUCCGUGGACCAGUAUGCGGAGCUGGACGUGGAACUGAAGAACCACAACUUGUCUACCUCUCCUGUUGCCGCACAGAAUACUGCUUCUUGCCUUGAAUCAUGUAACGACGAACCAGAAUGCUAUUACUGGACGUUCUACUCUACAGUUGACGAAUCUAUGGCUUGUCAUCUCAAGAGCGCUGGCGCUCUGGACGGGAAAGCUAGUUUCGCCGGAGCGGUUUCCGGCUCGAAAGGAGUCGUCAUCACAGUCGAAGUCGAGACUGAAUAUGUCGACGCAAACUUGCCAAAAGACCCAGUGACGGUAACUUCGUUUCGAGAAUGCCAAGAAGCUUGCUCACACGUGCCCGAAUGCGGAUACUGGACGUACUACUCUAAUCGCGACGUAAACUGUUACCUGAAAGAUUUCACAGCACUAGAAUCAAAGAGGGCGAAUGCUGAUGCGAUAUCAGGAAGCAAGUACUCUGUUACGGGGACUCCGCCGCGUAAGUACCUCGAUGAUCGAAGGUACGGGGCACGUGUGGUGUCUGGCCAAGCGGUGGUGCCGACCUCGCAUUCGGUCACGAGUGCCAAAGAUUGCCAGGAAAAGGCACAAGCAGACCCGCAGAAUCCAUAUUGGUCGUGGAACAAGUUCGACCAGACCUGCAACCUGUACGGUCCUGAAGUGUUGGGACAAGACACAUAUGACUACGAGUGGGUGUCGGGGUACGCUGAAUCCGAAGACACAUCCUAUCCCAGCGAGGCAUAUACCUACGGCCAAGGCGUAGACUUGUUGCUGCUUGGCUCAUUCGAAAUAACGGUGGCUAGCUCACCUGCAGCUUGCGCAGAAGCUUGUGCCAGCACGAAACUCUGUCGCGUUGCGUCAUUCGCGCGGGCUCCCAGUGAUGGGACACCAAACUGUUACCUUGGACGCCUGGGUGCGCAGCAAACAGCGUCCAAGGAGCAUGUCAUUGUCGUACAACAUGAGCUUGUUCUGCAAGUGGGGACGAAACCUAACAGCGGCGCUACUGACCAACAACCUGACAGCAACAUGUCCCAGUGCAUAGAGCUGUGUAGACAAUCUGAUCAGUGCAAACGGUGGUCACUUGAUUUAUCCACCGGCACCUGCUAUCUCUACGACCAAACUGAUGCUGGUGCUACUAACGCAUCGUAUGUGACGGCGGAUGUUGGCAUUCUGUUGGAGGAGAUUGAGGAAGCGGUAUUGGUCGACACAGCGCUUAUUCCUGUGGCCGUCGACAAGGUCGUCAAGCCGAUAAGCGACUGCGCUGUGCAGUGCCAGCAGAGUUCCUGCCUUGCUUACUCCUACAUCGUGGCUGGAGCGGGAGUCGGUGACAACACUUGCUACCUCGGGCGUAUAGGGGACGCCGCGGAUCUGCAGCGAUUCACAAAGACGUUGAAGGGCAGUGUACUGGUUCGCACUCCAUCCCGUUCGGUGCUGGCAGAGCUUGCCUUCGUCGGAGAACCUUCUACCUCAAGAAGGGGCCAACUCAACACGGCAGUAUCUUGCGCGACAGCUUGCUCUAAUGCUGGUGAUUGUGAAGCAUGGACCUUCCGAGGAGAUGAGAACAGCUGCGAGCUAUUCUCGAGUGUCUCAACCGCUGUCGCUGGUUCCUCUCAUGUUGUCUCCGGCACCAAGCAGGCCGAUGGUGCAGCCCUUGAGGCAUCACCGACUGUGUACGGCGCUUACCAACUUCCGGCAACGCAACAGUCGUCGGCGCCGUCUGUCAUCGAAUGUCAGAAGGAAUGCGAGGCGGACGAGCUUUGCGUGGCAUGGUCGUAUAACUAUACAGAGGAAACGGAUACAUGCGAGCUGAUACAGGAACCUGCAUUCCAGCGGACCGCCGGCACAGGCGUCAUUUUAGUGGAGCUCGGCCAUAGGUUUUUGAAGCCUUUCCAGCUUCUCUCCGGAGAGUUAGAAGAUAUUAUAGAUACAGUGGAAGGUUCUGCCACGAAGCAAGAUCUCUGUGAAUGCUUGACUACAUGCUUCGACAAUGUCAAGUGUGCUGCUUGGGCGCUGGAACUGACUGAGGCCGGCUCAACCUGCACUCUGUAUUCUGCGUUCAAAAAAGAGUCGGCUCCCGGACUUGGCAUAUCUGGCACUCGCCGCGAUGCCGCUUCGUGUGAGAGCGACAUAGCAGAUCGUCUUCUCUUGGAAGAGCCGAUCAUGAUCGAGAGCGAGGGAACUCUUGAAGAGGUUUUUAAGGCUGCAUCGUCUCAUUCUUCGUACACUGUUGGCGUGUCCUUGGUAACACCUGUGGCGAAGCCUCCGAUGUACAAACUGGCCAAGGCCCUCGGUCAUUCUGAAUCGUCCGACAGCGCGGCGGCGGUCGUAGUCCACUACGUUGAGUAG